CGAUCAGAUCAAUUUACAGAUUUUUCCUCGCUAUGACUUUGAUAGACAGUGUCGUGCUCGAUGAGUGCGGAAAUAACUAUACCGUCCUUGGCUACCGGUAUUGAGCCCGUUACUCGCGACAAUCAAGGUCUCCUCGAGCAAAUGGACAUGCACGAUUCGCGGACACAGCAGCAGCCCGUGCAAGCAGUGGCAUCCCAACCAAGCCUCCAUCAAAGACAUGAUAGCGCGGUCUCUCGAAACAUUCCCCAGGAGAGUCGGAUCCUCCACCGAAAUCACCCCAACGAACCCACAGCAUCUGGUGUUCUACCAGAUCCACAGUCACAACAUCCUCAUGGCGGUUCCAUGGCCCAGAGACAUGAUCAAUCCACCAGGAGACCAGACACUGCUUCAUCUCGGACUUUCCAUUCUCUCUCGACCAAAGAAGCUCAUAUUGCCCACUCUGCGGCCAAACAUGUCGAGAUUGCGUUUGUGACCAGAUUGGACGCCAAGUUCGAACAUUCUCACGAGUCGUCCCUUAAAAUGAUAUCUCAGCUGCACAAUGUCGACAUCAAAGUCAACAAGAUGCAGACGAAAGUCAACAGUGUGGAUGUAAAGGUUGACAACGCGACUUUGGACCUCCAAAGUAUGAACUCGAAACUGGAUAGUCUUGUGAAUGUUCUUACAGGACUGCCGUCAUUGAUGACCACAAUGCUUGCCAAUUUGCCCAAAAGCGAUAGCUCUUCAUGUUCUUGCAACAAUCGCCGUUCGGAUCCACUGGCCAGGACGGAAACACCGUCGAACAGCUCGAGGCAAGAGCUUGUCCGUCAGCCUGAGCGACAGCUUGUCUUGAGCGAUGACGAACAGGUUUCUGCUCAAAGUGCUUCUGAAGGCACAUUCAGACAACGCCUCGACUUUAUCGCUAAGAAAAUGGCCAAUUCGGACAUGACACACAGUGCUCUUCUCAGCAUGCUCGCUGAAGAGCUCAGAUCCAUCAAAGGAGAGCUUGCGAAGCAGGAUCUCAAGCAGUUUCGUAAAGAAAUAAGACAGGAUCUCGACGGGUUCCGCGAUGAAGUCGAGGAUAACCUCAAGGAAAUCCGUGCAAAGAUGGUGGAGAAUCAGCACACCAAUCAAAAUCUUCAGGGGGGAAUUAUGCAGGGGCUCGAUGCGUUACGCAGAGAAGCGAAGAAACACCUUGAAGUGACUCAAGGACUAAAGCAGGAUCUUGAAACUGUCGGCAAGGGGUUAAAACAAGAUCUCAAGAUCUUCCGGACAGAGAUGCAGAAGGAAAUCAAGACCUCCAGGACAGCAAUAAAACAGGACGUCGGCAAUGCCUUUGGGCAAGUGAAGCAAGAUCUUGAAUCUUUCCGCCAAGGGAUGGAAGAGAAGCUCGAAUGGUCCCAAGAAGACUUGAACGAACUUGCAAAAUCUCAAAAAGGGAUCAGGCAAGGUCUAGAGCUUUUUCGUGGAGAGGCGAAGCAGCACCUCGAUGCAUCACAGAAAGUUAUGAGGCAGGACCUCAAAUCUGUUGGAGUAACACUGAAGCAAGAUGCCCAGACGCUCAAUGGAAAACUGGAGCAGGACCUUCAGGCGUUCCGAAGAGCGUACGACCAAAAUAUAUCUGACACUGAUUGUCGGCUUGAUCGAUGCUUGGUGAACCAAGUUAAUACGGACAGUGCGCUUAGACGUUCAGAAGAAUGGUUCAAGAAGCAAAUCUCCAGUAGCGGCGAAGUUCUGAAGAGCUUGGAAGAAACCGUAAUCACAAGGUUGCUCCCGAAGGAUGAAAAGGUUCGGGAUGCGGAGGAAACCUCACCUGCGUUCUGCUUUUCGAAGCUUGUCAGAGUCGACCAGAAACCACAGACUCCCAUCUCUGGAUCCCAUCUCAAAGCUGGAAACGAAUUGGCCGCCCUCGAACAAGUCCAGAGCACACAGAUCUUUGAUCUGGACGGACAAUCCAAAGGAGACACUGUGAAAUCUCGUUCUCUCACUGCUGGUACGAUUCAGACGUACAUGGAGAUGUUACCUCUGGUCUUCUCUGAUAUGCGUGAUAUGAAGAAAGAUGUCUCUGGACUGACGCGCCAUAUCAGUCACAUAAGACAGGUGCAGGAGAAUCCUGCAUCGCGUCAGGGGGCUCGAGCACGAUGCUCAACUGUACCAGUACAUCAGGCUCCCAACAUGGAGCUUAGCUGCACGCCCCUCAGUCCAGAGUCAAUUUAUACCAUGGAGAUGCUCCCUGAACCACCUCGGAAAGACGAGGGGAACGGUUCCUGGCCGGCAGCAACUCAUGAGCUACUUUAUGCCAACGGAACCGUAGGGAAUAAAGACGAAAACCAAUCGAUACACCCAGACCUAAGGCUUGUAGGUGCAUACAGUAAGGGGACGGGUCUAGAAGCGACGAAUGUCGAAGACGCAGAACACGUAAAUACGACUGAGACGAUGGUGUGCGCAAAGACAUACGAAGGCGCUUUUGGUGAAGUGCGUUCGCCUUUGGGAGGAGAGAAGACAAGAACUAAGCAAAAGAUUACGACCUCCUGCAAAACACCGGACCCAGGAUUCAAGUACAAACUCAGAGAUGCUAAUCAAGCACCACAGCAGUUGCUAUCGAAGAAGAAGAAGCGACAGUCUGGAUCCAAGAAUGUUUUGAUGUCCAAGCAGAGACUCUCGAUCUCCAGGACACCGGCUACAGCCAAUAGUGAUGUUGAUUACGCACGUGGCCAAAAGGUCCAGAAGCGAAAGCGUGAGGAGCCAGAAGUUGCAUGUUCUCGAGCAGAGCUAAUGCAGCAACGAGAGCAUACGUGGCGCAAAAAACAGAAGAAGUUGUAAAUAAUCUCGUCCUCAUGCAAGCUGGUUCGUAACGUUUGUGCAUGUCUAUAGCCGAUAAUAGUACCGUACCAGUGUUCCAGUAAACGUCUUGAAUACAAACAAAUCGUCUGGGUCGUCCUUGUACACGGCAAGAGACCGAGACCGUGGGCGGCUAUUGAGACAUUGACAAUGCGGCAGAAGCCUGUUUUUUGGCGAGACGUGUGUACAAUGACACCUAAGGAUCCAAGAACCAGGGGUCUAAACAGGAAUUACUUGUGCU